CGUCACCACCAAUUUCCUUUUCGGUCAGUCUCACUCACCAGAAAGAAAGAACAAACAAACGUUGAUAAACACAUCGACGCACCGUUUCAUCCCUGUUCAGCGAAACACCAGAAUAUUAGGUUUUUACUUAUUCAUUCAUUCAUUUCUUCACCGGUUUUUUUUUUAUUACUCUCAUUUCAUCAUAAUUCAUAACCAUGGCUAAACCAAAAGCUCCAAAGCGAACCCUAGAGUCAUACCCAGUCAAACACAUGAACAAAAAUAUCAAAGCUGGUGAUUGUGUGCUGAUGCGUCCAGCUGAACCAUCCAAACCCUCGUAUGUUGCUAGGAUCGAGGGGAUCGAAGCUGAUUCAAGAGGUGCUAACGUGAAAAUUCAUGUUCGUUGGUAUUAUCGGCCGGAGGAGUCGAUUGGUGGCCGGAGACAGUUUCACGGCUCGAAGGAGGUUUUUCUUUCUGAUCAUUUUGAUGUUCAGAGUGCUGAUACAAUUGAAGGGAAGUGUACUGUUCACAGUUUCAAGAGCUACACCAAGCUUGAUGCUGUUGGUAAUGAAGAUUUCUUCUGUCGUUUCGAAUACAAUUCCGCUACUGGUUCUUUUAAUCCUGAUAGAGUUGCUGUGUAUUGCAAAUGUGAGAUGCCAUACAAUCCAGACGAUCUUAUGGUCCAAUGUGAGGGAUGCAGUGACUGGUUUCAUCCUGCUUGUAUAGACAUGACUGUGGAGGAAGCCGAGAGACUUGACCACUUCUUUUGUGAAAGUUGUUCUGCCGAAGGUCAACCAAAGUUGCCAAAUCCUCGUUCUGCUACAAGACACUCAGAUACCAAGGUGGAUACUAAACGCCGUCGAAGGUAGAAGUGAUGAUAGUAGAUAAUGCAUAAAAGGAGGUAGAUCUAUAAUGGAGGGGACCCUUGCUUUUCUGAUCCUGGGUAGAAGCUGAGCAAACUUGGAGGAGACAAUGAUAUCUAGUAAACUAUAGUCUUUCUCUACUUUAAUGGAAGAGACUAAUUUAAAAAUGUUUGUCAAUGGUUUGAGUAUCCAUCCUUGUUUCCCUUGAAAGUGGAGGAUGUGUUUGUUUUGUCUGUAAUUAUGUGGUGAUGUAGAUUCUCCAUCAAUCCCCUUCAGGUCCUUGUUCUUCCUCUGACUUUUGUGAAGUACCUUGACUUUAUUUACAAGCAGCAGUAGACACUACUUUAGUAAUAGAUCAAAACUUUUCCAACAAAAUAAAAAUAA